AUGAAUGUCUGCGAUCUCAUGGAUCGUCUCAGUGACAGUUCGGACUCGAAAUCUCCCGAAAUGACCGAAGCCUACAGUUUCACAUCCAAUGAGGAUGAUAUUUUCAGCAAGCCACAGCUAUCUGGAAAUGAUAUACCGCAAGCCCUUGAUAUUCAAUUACGUGAACUAUACAGCGAGAAUAUUACCGCUAAGAUUCUUCGGGCAGCGGACACAUGUCUCGAAAAUAACAAUCCAAUAACCGCCUAUCCGGAAUACGUCCCGCAGUCUGGCCCAGAUGCCGGAAAGUAUUAUUGCCGCGAAGCGGACUUUUGGACAUGCGGCUUCUUCCCCGGCUCAAUCUAUGCUCUUAUUGAGCGCAUGAUCAAAUUUCCACAGUCAACGGGGAUCAAGAAAGACAGUACCUCUAUUCUGAAGGAGUUGCGGAAGUUGGGUGAAAUCUGGUCCGAGCCUAUUCACAACAUGAGUCUUCGUACCGAUACCCACGACAUGUCAUUCAUCAUUCAGCCGUCAAUGCGACCCCGCUGGGAGCUUUUCCAUGAUGAGCGCGCACUUUCAACGAUAGUCACAGCCGCCGAAAGCCUUUACACGCGGUAUAACGCCAAAGUGGGCGCCUUCCGCUCAUGGGAUCAACUGACGCAAAAGGGCGUGAAUAUCACGUCGAUGGACCAAGACUUUUUGGUAAUCAUCGACUCGAUGUGUAACCUCGAUCUACUUUACUAUGCAGCAGCGCAUACUGGGAAUAAGAGUAUGUCCUCUGCAGCGACUACACACGCCCACAAGCUCCUGCGAGCUCAUCUUCGCCAUGAGACUGGCACAUAUUCACACCGAGAAGGGUAUGACGGCCCUCUAUUCAGCACAGUCCACGUUACCAAUUUCGAUCCGAAGACUGGGGACUUCAAAGAGGCUCGCACCGGUCAGGGCUAUGCGAAAGAUUCAACCUGGGCUCGCGGUCAAGCAUGGGGUAUCCUUGGAUACGCGCAAACAUUCCAGUGGACAGGUCAUAGAGAAUUCCUCACAGCUGCGUGUGGACUUGCUGAGUACUUUCUUCUCCGUCUGGAAAGGUCUCCGGGCUGUGUCGAGCGGAAAGUAAAAACUGACGAUGCGGGCUACAACGACUCCUCGUCAAGCCGUACUUGUGGACGCUUCGUCCCGCUCUGGGAUUGGGAUGCCCCCAUUGACGAGACAAAUCCGCUUCGUGAUUCAUCGGCUGGAGCAAUCGCCGCGAAUGGAAUGCUUGUCUUGGCACAGAGUCUGAUUGCCCGAGGUGAAUAUGAACAGGGUCGUCGCUAUCUUGACGCUGCGCUCGCAUUGGUCGAAGAUGCUCUGGCGUUUUCUCUAGCUGAGAAGGCAGAAAUCACAGUUCGGGAUGGCCAAGUAUCCGUGAAAGAUGUUCGGCCCAAUACAACAUUUGACAGCAUUUUAAAGAAUGCGACGGCAAACUACAAUGCGCUCGAUCAUCGCCGCUAUUGGGAUCAUGGGCUGGUAUAUGGGGAUUAUUAUCUGAUUGAAUUUGGAAAUCGAUUGCUUCGCAUGGGACUUCUUUGA